CUGCUUGAAGAAAGCAAAUUGACUAGAUAUGUCUCAGAUGAUAAAAAAACAAAGUGAAUAUACCUGUUCACUUUUUGAAGUACACAUAGCACUCGGAUUUAAAUCCGAUGUUUUCGCAUUUUUUUUAAUUUUUUUCAAUAAUAACUCGAAUUGGAUUAAAUUUUUCAAAAUAUUUAAAAUAAUUUAGCAUAUAUCUAUGAUAUAAAAAUUAGCUAAAAGAAAUACUCGAUUCUAGAGAUAUAAAUAGUUCUCUUUUUGAAAAAAAUCAUGUCACUAAAUGAAUAAAAUCAUUCAUAUUUAUUCUAAUUUAGUGAUCAAGAUGAAACUAAAACUAAACCUAUUAAAAUUCUUACAUCUUCCAAUGUAAAUAAUGAAAAUACAGAACCUUCAGCAUAUUCAUUUGAAGAUGUUCAAGUAGAUGAUAAUAAUCAAUCAUCAUUGAAUCAAAAACAAAAUUCAAUAGAAUUAAUUACUCAUCAAAUGAAUAAGCCGAAUUCCAUACCGAAACAACAUAAUUUUAAUCAACAAAUGUUACUUGAAUCAAUGAUUGAUGCUAAUGAAAAUGAUCAACAAGAUAAUCAUCAUACAGUUAAAACUGAUAAUACUCUUUCGCAACAAGAUCAAUCCAAUAAUGAUUCACAGAAAGAAUUUUUGCUCUUCGAUGCCAAUGAAAAUUUAACUAUAAACAAUGAAUUUGAAUUUUUCCAUUGUUUAAAAUGUGAAAAUGAUGUUAGUGUAAAAUGUGUAUCUAUCAUUGGUAAUACAGGCGAUGGAAAAUCUUAUACACUUAAUCAAGUAUUUUUUAAUGGACAAGAAAUAUUUCAUACAUCAUCAACAGCUAAUUCAUGUACAUUAGGUAUAUGGACAGCACUUGAUGAAAAUCAUCGAACACUUAUAUUUGAUACUGAAGGUCGUCUUGGUUUAUCUGAAAAUGAUAAUAAACGUAAUAGAUUAUUAGUUAAAAUUCUUUGUUUAAGUGAUAUUAUUAUUUAUCGUACACGUGCAUCAAAAUUAUCAAAUGAUAUGUUUCAAUUUUUAUCUGAUGUUUCAAAUGCAUAUAUAAAAUAUUUUCAAAAAGAAUUAGAAAAUAUUAUGAAAAAUUAUCAAGUUGAUGAAUCUAUGUUAACUAUGGGUCCAACAUUAAUUAUUUUUCAUGAAACACAAUAUACAGAUAUAUUAAAAGAUUAUUUUCAAUAUAAAAAAACAGCUGUUGAACAAUUAAAAGAACGAUUUGAAAUAAUGAAAUUAUCUUAUGAUGCUUAUAGUUCAAUUAAAUAUGUUGGUAUUCAAAAUAUAGGAGAAAAAUCAUUAGAUUUUAGUGAAAUCAAAACAACUAUUACAGACAUACUUAAUAACAAUAAUAUACAUUCUUACAAACCUUUAUCUGUUAUUUUCAAAGUAUUAAAAGUAUGA